AGCAGUAAAGGUGCAGGAGUGGGUCAGAGCUCAGACACACUCGGAGAGAGAAGUCUGAGGAGAAAAGCGCACAGAUGGAUGUUUAGCCUCCACACGCCGCCGGAGAAGGAGAAAGAAGGAGAAAGGGAACUGCCGGGGAGGUGUGACAGGAGCGGAGGAGCGAGGCUUCUCUCUCUUUUUUUCUUGGUGCCUUUUUUUGGAUUUGGCCAAUCACAGAGCUGCAUGUUUGAGUCUCCGCCCAGCUAUGGAACCCUGGCCUAUAGUGGCCUGGGUCCUAAUGCUGACUUUCAUCACUGACUGGCUGCAAACUGUCCAGUCAAGAGACUUCACAGAAAAGGACAUUAUUUUCCUCCAUCCUUCAACUACUCCAUAUCCAGGUGGGUUCAAGUGCUUCACAUGUGAGGAAGCUGCUGACAAUUAUGAGUGCAAUCGCUGGGCGCCGGAUCUGUACUGCCCACGAGAGAGUAAAUAUUGCUACACGCAUCACAAAGUGGACUGGGGUGGGAACACUGUGUCAGUGACCAAACGCUGUGUGGCCUUGGAGGACUGCCUCUUCGCUACUGGCUGCACUGGACUGGACCAUGAAGGAAACAAGGUGUGCGUUUCGUGUUGUGAGGGGAACAUCUGUAAUAUGCCUUUACCUCGGAACGAGACGGACGCCAUAUUUGCCACCACGUCCCCCCUCAAUGGUGGCCAGCGAACCCCACUUCAUCCCACAAUGGCACUCUUCUUCUCCGUCUCCACCCUCAUCAUCCUCAGCUAUGCUUGAGAGACUGUGGAUGGUGUUUUGUGAGGGGUUUGAUUAAUUUAUUUCUACACUCUCAAAAAUGAUGUGCUAUUAAAAGGAACACCAGCAUUUUUCAGCCUGAUCUGUAUCAUCUAAGUCUGCAUAGAGCCAGUUAACAGAGAUCAAUCUAUUCAUAAUCAAUUUUAGACAUUCCUCUGUACUCAAAAAGCAAAUAUAAUAAAAGCCACCGGGCUGUUGCUUUAAUAUCUGCCCACUGGCUUCUAUUAUAAAUAUGUUUUUAUACAAGAAAAUGCACUGAAAUGAUUGCCUGUGGUAACCGACUCUGUCCUACACAUAUGGCAGAUAAAGAUUAGUUUGAAAAAUGUUGUUCCUUCAACAACAUAAUUCAGCACAACAGAAAUGUGCUGUGUUCUUUUGGCCUUAAUGCAUCAUAACAGGCUCGAAUAAUAAACCCAAUACAUUCAGUUCAAUAUAUUAUGAGUUCAUUUGAUUUCAUAUUAGAGGAAUAGUUUGUCACAUUUACACUAUCUUCCAUUUACCUCAGUUGUAGCUGAUCAGCCAAGACAUGUUUGGUGUCCAAAUUUUGCUUCUUUAGAGCUCUGAGGGUAAUGUAGCUAACAAACAUUAGAAUUCAAUAGUCACCCAAAUCUAUACACUUGAAUACGAAAACUUUUUAUAGCUCACACUAAGUUAUACUGUGCUCUAAACCACAUCAAAAAGUCUGUGUGACCUUAAUGAAGACCUGAAAAGUUUUGGGUGACUAUUGACUUACACUGUUUGCUAACUUUGUUAGCCUUGUACCUCCAGCACUAAACUAAAGAAGCAAAGUUUGGACACCAAACAUCUCUUGGCUGUUGGACAGCAUCUGGGGAAAGUGGGAAAUUGUGUAAAUUCGAUUUUUCACCAAAUCGUUCCUUUAAGUUCACACAACAAAUGUCAAACGUAAAGUAAGGCCUAAAGAACGCAGCAUAAAUCCGACACAGAACACAGUUAAAUAAGGUAACACAGUGGGCUAGUGUUAACAGCAACACAUUUGCUGGUCCAGUUUCGCUACAUGUUGCCCAGAACUGGACAUACAGAUGUGUUUUAGCACAUCUGUUCUGACAGUGAUCGGCCUUACCUUCCACAAACAAAGUGUUACUUUUGAAAUUUUCAGUCAACGUCUUCAUUUUAACUCCUUUACUGUGAAAAAUAUCCAGGAUUUUUUACAUGUGGACACUUUUUAAAGCAGCUGAUAAUCUUCCUUCCCUCAAAACUCGAGGCUGUUUCCCUCAGCAUGCUCUGACCUGUCGAAAUGAGCGCUUCAGCAUUUCACCACGAGGAGGAUGGAGGGAAAGGUGGGGGGUGGGAGGGGAUAUUUAUGGAUUUAUGGUUAAAUGGAAACAAAACUGUACAGUUGUUGUCAAUCAUUAAUUUAGAUGUAUAAUAUUUAUUUUUGUACCAUACCUUGUGUGUUCUUUUGUAGAAAGUGUGAAAACUGAAUGCCUGCAUGAACCGUAGGAGUGUGAGCCACAUCUACUUAUUGUCCAACCCUCAAAAAAAAACAGAACUUCCACCUAUAUAAAGUACCAGUCAAAAGUUUGGAGACCUCAUCAAACGGUGUCUCACUAUUUUUAGUAUCUUCCACAUUUUGGAGUAAUAGUGAAGGCAUGAAAACUAUGAAAUAACACAUAUGGAGUUAUAUUGAAAAAACAAUAAAACAUGAAA